UGGAGUCCGCGGUGCUGUUCAACCCUCCUCGCUUUCGGCAGGGAUCUCUCGCGCAGGUACCGCUGCAGUGGAUCGCGGCCCCCUUCCGUGUCCCCUUUUCUUUCUCCUCUUUUGGGUGGGAGCGGCUUGAUUCGCCCCCCCUUUUUCCUUCUUAUUCCCCCAGGAAUCACCGCUGAAUCCUGAUUUUUCGUCGAAAGAUUCGCUCUUUGGUCGUUCCACGAAACCAAAAAAAAAUCUCAUUUUGGUGAUGGAAGCACAGAGUUCCCAUUCCUCGCAGAUCAUUGAUAUUAAUUUAGAUUUGCCAGGGGAUGAACCUAGCAUAAACCGUAACAAGAUAUGCAGUGGCAGUGCAUGUGGUUUCUCUGAUUCCCGAUCAAACUCAAAAGAUGCCCAAGAGAGAUUCACUUCUAUGCGCAAGCUACUAAUAGCUGUUGUCCUAUGCAUCAUUUUCAUGUCCGUUGAAGUUGUUGGAGGAUGGGAAGCAACACCACGUCAAUCUUAUGGCUUCUUCCGUAUAGAAAUUCUUGGAGCUCUGGUGUCUAUCCAGCUUAUUUGGCUCUUAACUGGCAUCCUAGUUUUUGAAGCUAUUGCAAGAUUGCUCCAUGACACAGGUGAAGUGCAAGGUGUCUUGAUGUUUAUUGUAUCAGCCUUUGGUUUGGUUGUUAAUAUUGUUAUGGCUGUCUUGCUUGGACAUGACCAUGGCCAUGGCCACGGCCAUGGUGGGCAUGAUCAUGGUCAUGGCAGCCAUGGUGAUGGUCAUGAUGAGCAUGGCCAUGUUCACAGUCAUGUAAACCAUGGUCACACUCAUCAUCAUGAUGAUCACGAUCAUGAUCACGAACAUGAUGCAGAGCAUGGUCAUAGCCAUGCCACUGGCCACAAUCAUGCAGAGGAUUCCAGAAACAAGGAACAUCUUAAACCUCUGCUGCACCAAUCUGAAGAAGCCCCAGCCAGCAGAGAAGAUGCUAAAGAGAAAACAAGAAACAUUAAUGUGCAUAGUGCCUAUCUCCACGUCCUUGGUGACUCCGUCCAGAGCAUAGGCGUGAUGAUCGGAGGGGCAAUAAUAUGGUGGAAGCCUGAAUGGAAGAUAAUCGAUAUGUUAUGCACGCUUGUCUUUUCCGUCAUCGUUCUGGUAACAACGAUCAAGAUGCUUAGGGACAUACUUGAGGUCUUGAUGGAGAGCACCCCACGGCAAAUCGACGCAACCAAACUUGAACAGGGGCUUUGUCAGUUGGAUGGUGUUGUGGCCAUUCAUGAGCUGCACAUAUGGGCAAUCACUGUAGGGAAGGUUCUUCUAGCAUGCCAUGUGACGAUCACUCAAGAAGCAGAUGCUGAUCUUGUACUCGAUAUGGUGAUUGGGUAUAUCAAAAGGGAGUAUAACAUCAGUCACGUAACCAUCCAAAUAGAACGGCAAUAGAUCCAGUUGUGGCUGACUGCUGCUAGUGCUAGAUAGUUUCCAUUUCAUGUUCAUUCUUCCAUUGCUUCAACCGGCUAUUAUUGUCUUUUGCUUAUGCUCCUCCUUCCUGUGGUGAUGUCAAACUGCAACUGAUUCAAGAGUUAGAUGGUUUGGAUGGUUCUGUGGUACAUCUCUGGCUUGUAUCUACUGCAAGUUAUUCCAAAGUGCAGCCUUUUUUGUAUCUCAUGCCAUCUAUCAUGUGGUAGUUGGUUGACUUCCCAUUUUCAGCCGAAUUUUGUAUAUGUAGCAACAUCAUGUCAGUUUGUGCUGUAAAAUGUGGUUCAUCAUUCCUGCAACGACAAUGCCUUAAUGUGGUUCAUAGCAAGGUUUGCCGGACUGUACCGCCCGGUACGGGCGGUACGUAUCGGUCCGACAGGCCAGCAGUGUACAGUAACACAGUAGCACUGUAGCAAUGUACAGUGAUCGGUACAUCUGGGUGUACCGAGCGGUACCGAGCCCGGGUCGAAACGCUGGUACGGUACGGUACGGCGAACCUUGGUUCAUAGUACUUUUUCUUGAUGCUGUCAUGAUGUCACAUAUGCUUUGAUAUACACAUUAUCUAUUUCUUGA